GUGUAGAACGUCAAAGCGUAAUGCGGGUAAAAAUCUGAUUCAUCAAACCAUGAAAUUCAAUUAAAUUCGUCAGUAAAGGCUGCUGACCCACUUCAGAUGUUAUUUAUAGGGGAACAUGAGCGCAUUCAGGCUGCAGCAACUGAAGAAUCACAUUCUCGCUGAAAGAAAGAUCACAACCAUGUCAGGCUCGCCGAGUCCUCUGACCACCCACGUUCUGAACACUGCACUGGGCGUCCCAGGAUCAAACGUGACCCUCAGACUUUAUCAACAGGAUCCAUCAAGUGAUGUCUGGCACUUAGUGACCACUGGGACGACAAAUGGUGAUGGCCGAUGUCCAGGACUGAUCACGCAGGAGCAGUUUAAACCUGGUGUGUACAAACUGCAUUUUGAGACCGGGCAGUACUGGACCAGCAUGGGACAGACCUCCUUCUAUCCCUAUGUGGAGAUUGUUUUCACCAUAACUGACACGGACCAAAAGUAUCAUGUCCCUCUGCUUCUGAGUCGUUUCUCCUACAGCACCUACAGGGGGAGCUAGAGAGCGACUGUAAGGAAACGCCUGACACUUUCACCUUUAUCACUGCCUGGCUCAAAAGGACAGUGACAUCUGCAGAAGCAUUUGUUUACUUUUGUAAAAGUAUUCUUCUUACUACAUUCAAAAUGUGACCUAAACAAUUCAAGUGUCAUCAUGAAAAUGUUCUGUGCAUGAAUAAAGAAUAAUAAUAUCCAAAAACUCAAUCAAAAAACUCAGACAGACGUCAUAGUGGCCCUUAACAAAAUAACACAGCAUCAAUGAAAAAUAAAGUGAUGAGCCAAGUGUGCACAAACACC